AUGCCUUCGUGCCAGAAUAUGGAUGGUAUUGGCCGCUGCAUCAGGGGCAUCUGCAUCCUUUGGAGGCGUUCCGAGAGGAAAGAUGUCGCACAGCACGGCUUCUUUGGCGAAGGCCUUGCCGAAAUUGAUGCUCUGCGGGAGGAUUCGGUUGUCAUACCCGACCGGCUCAUCGUUGCAGAGAAUGGUGAACGAGGACCGAGUGAAGGCAAGCUUGGAGCCCUUGCAUUGGCCAUUGGACUUCGAUUGGACAAGUCGCCUUAUCGACAGGACGUUUGCCUGCUACUUUAUCGGACUCCAUCUGGCGAGGCAGGGCAGUUGCUUGCCGAAGUUGGUACCGAUCUUCGAGCACAAGGAGCCGCAGUUGGUGCCACCACAACAGCGCUGGCAAAGUUACUCCUUCGGCAGGCUGCUCGUACACCUCUCGAAGGAGUGACUGGAGUCGUUCUUGCAGGAGGGAAGCCACAUACCUGUCCGACACCUUCGCUUUUGGAUCGUGAGCUCAUGUCCCAGCACCUGAAACCCCAGGUUCCAGUACUGUGCGCCUGGAUUUCAGACAACCCAUCUCCUGCUGGCCGAAUGAAGCUUUGGUCUUCCACGGUUGCAAGUCUUUAUCCAUGGUCGGCGAAGAGGCUGGGCAAGGUUGGCGAACUUCUGGAGCUCCCACAGCACAAACGCCUUUUCCAUGAGACGUGGCAGGCAGCUGAUGCGAUGCGGGAAGCGUCGUCUGGAAGUGGCUUGGCCAUGGGAGUGCUGUUCGCCAGCGGACACAUCAAUGCUCUUUUUUGCGCAGAGGACGGCGCCGGCGCGAGUAAACCUGUUCCACCUUGUUUGGACCGGGAAGUUAUUCUGCUCGCAUCGUGCUUGGAGGAAGGCAAAAACGAAGCCGGCGAUCCCGUGCUCCUGCUUCUUGUGGAUGCCGACGGCGGGCUUCGCUCGCCACAAGCACAGGCAAGAGAUUACAUGCUGCAGCGUGGCUUUCCCAAUUUGCGUGUCUUGGUACUCGACGAGGCA